CUGGUGAUCAAUGGUCAGUAGUCGGUCACCACUGUUCAGUCAACGAUCACACUUGCAACCGGAGCAGCAACGGCAACAGAUCGCAAUUGCACGAGACACAGCUAAAAACGAUAUUCGUCAUAUUGUCGUCUGCAGCAACGACCUGUUAGCACGAUGAAGGGUUUGUUAUACGCAGUGUGCGCGAUCGGUCUGUGCGCUCACGCUUUUGCCGGCGAAGAGGCGAAGAAAGAUACAGCCAAGGUAGAACCAAAGGCAGCCGACUCCAGCAAAGGCAAGAGGCAUCUUUCGUCAUUCGGUUACGGUGGUUAUGAAUCUGAUGGCGGUUUCGAAUCGUACGGCAUCGGCAGCGCCGGCUACGGAUCCGGUUACGCCGUGCAGGGUUACGCCGCACACGACAUCGGUUACCACGGUCACGCCCAACUGUUGUCCAAGACCAUCGUCAAGGAAGUCGGACACCCGUACCCCGUGCCCGUUGAGAAGCACGUGCCAUACCCCGUAAAGGUUGCCGUGCCCGUCGACCGCCCUUACCCAGUGCACGUACCUCGCCCAUACCCAGUGCACGUUGAGAAACCAGUGCCAUACACCGUCAAAGUUCCCGUGCCACAGCCGUACGCAGUCUACAAGGAAGUGCCAUACCCAGUGAAGGUGCCCGUCGACAGGCCGUACGCCGUCCACGUGCCCAAGCCCUACCAGGUGGUCGUCGAGAAGCACGUCCCAUACCCAGUCGAGAAGCAAGUCCCAUACCCAGUCAAGGUGCCCGUUGACCGUCCAUACCCAGUCCACGUACCAGUCGAGAAGCACGUCCCAUACCCAGUCGAGAAACACGUACCAUACCCCGUCCACGUACCAGUCGACCGCCCGUACCCGGUGACAGUCGAGAAGCACGUCCCGUACACUGUUGACAGACCAGUACCAUACCCAGUCGAGAAGCACGUCCCAUACCCAGUCAAGGUUCCCGUCAAGGUCGAAGUACCAGUGCCAUACGAAGUGCCCAGCCACGACGAAUACCACGUCAGCAGCUACAGCUCUCCGUCGUACGGUAACUCGUACGGACCAUCCCACAGCACUUCGUACAGCCACUCUUACGGACCAUCCCACGGCGUCUCGUCCUACGGCGCAUCGUCAUACGGCUCAUCGUCCUACGGAUCGUCUCACGGCAGCUCGUACUAAUCAAAAGCUCCAGUCAUAGGUUAGGUUACCGUGUUUCGCCACGCUCGCGACCAAAGCCAUUAUUGCGACCGUCGGCGACAACACCACAUACGAAACAAUCAAAAUCUAGGUAUAUUUUUUUUAGUUAAGUGACAUCAAUCAACAUUUUACCAUCAGAAUAGUAGUAUAACACAUAUACAACAACAAUAUGUCAUUAUUUGUCUGUUAACAUAAUAGAUCUCAAAGUACAGAGUUGUGUAUCAACUUUUUGGGUCGUUGCAAUAAAAUAUAUGUUUUUUUGACUGCAAACGUUCAAUUUUAAUAUGUGUUUUUUUUUACGAAUUUCAUUGUAUAAAUAGUUUUUAAAUGUAUUUUAACAUCAAUCACAAUAUUAUAUAUUAUAUUAUAUUGUGAAGUCUUGGAAAUAAACUUGUUUUCGUGUA